AUGACUUCUAAACUUAUCAAGCUCAACAACGGAAUUAGUGUGCCAGCUGUCGGAUUCGGCUGCUGGAAGGUGGAGAAGUCCAUCUGCGCGGAUCAGAUCUAUGAGGCCAUCAAGGUUGGUUACCGUUUGUUUGACGGUGCCAUGGACUACGGCAACGAAAAAGAGGUUGGCCAGGGUGUUAACAGGGCAAUUAAGGACGGAUUGGUCAAGAGAGAGGAAUUGUUCAUUGUUUCGAAGCUUUGGAACAGUUACCACCACCCAGACAACGUCAAGAAGGCCGUGAAGAAGGUGCUUGACGACUUGCAAUUGGACUACUUGGACAUCUUUUACAUCCACUUCCCAAUUGCUCAAAAGUUUGUUCCUUUUGAGGAGAAGUAUCCUCCAGGAUUCUACUGCGGUAGCAAUGGCUGGGAGUUCGAAGACGUUCCUUUGGCAACCACCUGGAAGGCCUUGGAGGGACUGGUUGAGGAAGGAUUGGUCAAGUCGAUUGGUAUUUCCAACUUCUCCGGCGCAUUGAUUCUUGACUUGCUCAGAAGUGCCAAGAUCAAGCCUCAAUUGCUCCAGAUUGAGCACCACCCAUACCUGACUCAGGAGAAAUUGAUCAAAUGGGUCCAGGACCAGGGCAUUGCCGUUGUUGGGUACUCCUCGUUUGGUCCUCAGUCGUUUGUGGAGCUGAACCAUAAGAAGGCCACCGAGAACAUUUCUUUGCUUAAACACGAAGUGAUCGACUCCAUUGCCAAGGCACACAAUGUCUCUACUGCCCAGGUCCUUCUGAGAUGGGCCACCCAGAGAGACAUCUUGGUGAUUCCUAAGUCCAACCAGAGGGAGAGAUUGAUCCAGAACCUUGAUGUCAACAACUUCGAUUUGACCGAGGAGGAGAUCAAGCAGAUCAACUCUUUGAACCAGGAUCUUCGUUUCAACGAUCCAUGGACCUGGGACGAGAUUCCAAUUUUCGUUUAG